AUGCCUCCAUCCGAUGGAGAUGCUGCGCCGUGGCAUCCCCCUCCAGAUGCAGAAUCUGCGUCUGGUCCUGCCUUUGCCCCAGCGCCAACCCAAGGUCAUCUUGAAGCCGCCGGGGCUUUGACUUCUGCUGCAAACCAGCCACAGCCCACUUAUCCAUCGUCUGCCGUCGGACUUGACCCAGAGUACCCGUACCAACACAAUGGCGAUCCCUCAGCUUACGGUCCCCACUCCCAUGGAGACUGUGCGCUUCCUUACUCAAGUGAGACUCCUGCCGCCCCCCGGAAGCGCACAUUUAUCCUCAAGGGCAUCGAUCAGCAUUUCGAGAAUCUGCAGUCCAUCGGCGAAGGAACUUAUGCUAAGGUCUUUAAGGCCAAAAAACGCAACAGCGACGAAAUCCUUGCUCUGAAGCGCUUUUCGAUCGAAUACAACGGCAAGGAUGGCUUUCCGAUCACAAGCCUUCGCGAAAUAUCUAUUCUCAAGCAAUUUGCUGGACGGAAUCUGGUGCACCCAAAUAUCGUCGAGCUCAAGGGAGUUGUGCUGGAGACAGGUAUCUGCUACAACCUCUGCUUGGUAUUCGAGUACAUGGAAUACGACCUGACAUGCGUGACCUCGCAAGCCAUGAGCAGCACGCCCCACGACCAGUACUAUGGACUGGGCCAUCUCAAGUGCAUCCUGCAGCAGAUUUUGGAAGGCCUGAGGCAUCUCCACAGCCACGGCAUCGUCCAUCGAGACCUGAAAACUGCCAACCUGCUUCUCAAUCGCCGGGGCCAGGUCAAGCUGACGGAUUUUGGGCUGGCCCGUCAGCUGUUCCCACAGGACGACCCGCGGUACGACUACACGAAUCGAGUCAUUACCCAAUGGUACCGGCCACCGGAGAUCCUGAUGGGCGCAACCCACUACGGCCCCGAAAUCGACAUUUGGAGCGCAGGAUGCAUCAUGAUGGAGCUCAUCACUCGUCGGGUCCUGUUUUUCACAAGCGGCGACAAAAGCUCGGACGUACUCCAGCUCAUCUCGAUUUUCAAGAUCAUGGGCACACCAAACAUCGAUACCUGGCCCGGGCUCAGUAACCUCAAGAUCUGGAACCGCUGCAUCCAGGGAUGCGAGUUUAUGCCGAAUGUGUUCCGUCGGAUGUUUGAGCCACACUACUCUUCUUUGACCUUGGACCUUGCGGAAGCCAUGUUGUCGAUGAACCCCGAGGGCCGGAUCAAUGCCGAGAUGGCCUUGCGACAUCCCUUUUUUGACGAAGUGCCCUAUCCAUGUCGACCAGAAGAGUGA